AGAGAUUUUGGAUUGAUACCUGGUGAAGAUGACGACCAGUCAUGCAGGUUCUUCUUCACGAAGAAGCAUGGCGUUAACAACUUCGUCUUCCCAGAAGAAGAGACUUUCUCAAAAUGGAACAACACCUGAUCGCAGAUCAUCCCUUACUGCUUCCCGUUCCAUGGGACUAACAGGGGAACGUACAGUGAAGCGACUACGUCUAUCAAAGGCCUUGACAGUACCCGACACCACUAGCAUCUAUGAAGCAUGCCGUCGAAUGGCUGCUCGAAGAGUUGAUGCUCUUUUGCUUACUGAUUCAAGAUCUUUACUUUGUGGGAUAUUGACAGAUAAGGAUAUAGCGACAAGAGUUAUUGCUCGUGAGAUUGAUUUCGAGAACACACCUGUGUCGAAGGUGAUGACAAGAAACCCGGUUUUUGUACUUUCUGAUACUCUUGCUGUGGAAGCACUGCAAAAGAUGGUCCAAGGAAAAUUCAGACACUUGCCUGUUGUAGAACAUGGAGAAGUUAUUGCUUUGCUUGACAUAGAGAAAUGUUUAUAUGAUGCGAUUGCACGUAUGGAACGGGCAGCUGAAAAGGGGAAAGCCAUAGCAGCUGCUGUUGAGGGUGUUGAGAAGCACUGGGGAUCUUCUGUUUCAGGUUCCAACACAUUUGUGGAGUCACUUCGUGAGCGAAUGUUCAUGCCUUCUUUGUCUACCAUAAUUUCCGAGAAUCCAAAGAUUGUCACAGUUUCACCAUCUGACACAGUGGUAACGGCAACAAAAAAGAUGCUAGAGUGUCGAAUGAGCUCUGCUGUUGCAACUGUCGAUAACAAGCCAGUUGGGAUUUUAACAUCAAAGGAUAUCUUAAUGAGAGUGAUAGCACAGGAUCUUCGGCCUGAAUUAAUCUUAGUUGAGAAGGUGAUGACUCCGAAUCCAGAAUGUGCUACACUUGAUACACCUAUUGUCAAUGCCCUGCAUAAUAUGCAUGAUGGAAAGUAUUUACAUCUUCCCGUUGUUGAUAGAGAGGGAUAUGUUGUUGCCAUCGUUGAUGUACUUCACAUAACUCAUGCUGCAGUAGCCACAGUUGGAAAUACGGCAGGCAUAGAUAAUGAAGCUGCAAGUUCAAUGAUGCAAAAGUUUUGGGACUCUGCUAUGGCAAUAACUCCUGCAGAUGAUGAAGACGACCUUAGGAGUGAGAGUUCCUUGAGAUUGGUUUCUGAAGGGGCUGAAACAGGAAAAACUCUUCCUUAUUCUUCAUCCACACAACCUAAUACAUUUGCUUUCAAGAUCCAAGAUAGAAGGGGUCGGAUGCAUCGGUUUAUUUGUGAUACUCGAAGUUUGGCAGAUCUUACAACUGCAAUAGUUCAUAGAGUAGGGGUUGAGAUUGACCGCAGCAACCUCCCACAGAUUCUGUACGAAGAUGAAGAUCACGACAAGGUCAUACUGGCAACAGAUAGUGAUCUUGCUGCGGCUGUGGAACACGCAAGAUUAUCUGGGUGGAAGGGCAUAAAAUUGCAUCUAGAUUAUUCUGGGAUCCCUAAACGUCGAAAAGGCUCCUCCACAGCAGGUAGCCUUGAGUUUGCUCAACGAGAUGCUUGGACCACUGCAUACAGUACAGUUGCAGCAGGAGCUGCCCUAGUAGCUGGUUUAGGCAUGGUAGCUUUCUUGAGAAGAGCUGGUUAA